GCUGUCACACUGCAUACUGAUGUAGGAGAUAUUAAAAUUGAACUAUUCUGUGAGCGUACACCAAAGACUUGUGAAAAUUUCCUGGCUCUUUGUGCUAGUAACUACUACAAUGGAUGCGUAUUUCACCGGAAUAUAAAGGGCUUCAUGGUUCAGACAGGGGAUCCAUUAGGCACUGGGAAAGGAGGUAACAGCAUCUGGGGCAAGAAGUUUGAAGAUGAAUUCAGUGAAUUCCUGAAGCACAGUGUCCGUGGGGUAGUCUCAAUGGCAAACAAUGGGCCAAAUACCAAUGGAUCGCAGUUCUUCAUCACUUACGGCAAGCAACCGCACCUAGACAUGAAGUACACAGUGUUUGGAAAAGUUAUUGAUGGCUUGGAGACCCUGGAUGAGCUGGAGAAGCUGCCUGUGAAUGAGAAAACCUACCGACCUCUUAAUGAUGUUCACAUUAAAGAUAUUACAAUUCAUGCCAACCCUUUUGCGCUGUAGCCAUAGAGUGCCUUGACACAUUCUUUAGAGACGAGUCAGAUAGACUGCUGAGUUAUGGGGUUUAAAGUGUCUAAUAUUAAAAAGGGUUACUUGAGCUGGAUUGUACCUGUGCUUACCGAAUGCAGGAUUUUCAGGAGUUGUGACAUUGUUUGGGAGUUGUCACAGAGGAAUAUUGUGCUUUAGAAGACAGUUUUUCCAGAGUAUCUUCCAGGAUUUCAGUUUUUAAACAUUGCCUUUUAUACUUGUAAAAUAAGAAAAGACUUAUAUAUUU